AUGGAUAUCGUUCUGGAGCUAUUCGAUACUUUCCUCUUCGAUCCUGUCUAUGCCACCGUCCUGCCCGCGAACUCCACGUCACCUGUCGCUCAGUAUGUCAAGUCCGUUGCGACCGCAACUUUCUCCAGCGUGCGUGAGGGCAGCACAGGCGCACCCCAACAACCACAGCAGUGGGUGUACGAGCCCUCGACCCGCUUCUUCAGUGUCCAGCCAUACCAUUGGGCUUAUGAGAGCAGUUUGCCCAGAGACAACAUCUACAGACAAUUUCUGACGCUGUUUCUGAUCACCUGGAUCUUCGGCAAUGUGCUCUAUUUUGUGUGCUCCGGCUUGUCAUACUGGCUGGUGUUCGACAAGAGCGCUUUCCAGCACCCCAAAUUCCUCAAAGAUCAAGUGAAGCUGGAGAUCCGUCAAGCUCUGUGGGGCAUGUCUGGUAUGGCCUUUCUCACGGCCCCGUGCUUUCUGCUGGACGUCCGAGGCUACGCGAAGUUGUACGACCAUCCUGACGAGGCGCCCUUCUGGCUCUACAACUUCCUGCAGUUCCCCUUUUUCCUCCUCUUCACCGACAUGUGUAUCUACUUCCUCCACCGCGGUCUUCAUCACCCAGCAGUCUACAAAUGGCUGCAUAAACCUCAUCAUAAGUGGAUUAUGCCUACGCCUUUCGCCUCCCACGCGUUCCACCCGCUGGAUGGCUUCAUUCAGUCAAUCCCCUACCAUCUGUACCCAUUCCUCUUUCCCCUCCAGAAAUUUGCCUACGUUGGACUCUUCGUGGUCGUCAAUAUCUGGACAGUCAUGAUCCACGAUGGCGAAUACCUAGCCGACUCUCCAGUCCUGAACGGUGCAGCUUGUCAUACCAUGCAUCAUCUCUAUUUCAACUACAAUUACGGUCAGUAUACUACUUUGUGGGACAGACUGGGCGGCAGCUACCGUCGACCCAACGAGGAGCUCUUCCGCCGCGAGACCAAGAUGGGGCAGAAGGAGUGGCAGCGCCAGGCUAAGGAGAUGGAGAACGUCCUCAAGGAGGUCGAGGGCGACGAUGACCGGUCAUAUGAAGCACAGAAGAUCGCCAAGAAGGUGACUUAA